GCAGCUGCAGCAGCAGCAUAGACCGAGAAAUCCCCAAAAAAAAAAAAUCCCCCACAUACCGAUAUACCCACCCCAGCUUCCUUGGACUAGCUUCUUAUAAAUAGCCCUCGGACAAAAGUGUGAACCUCCCGCCCGCCCAGUGCAUCACAUGCUAUCCGAACAAUGGAAAUUGCCAAAUUUAUAGUGUACCCAGAAACCCACAGCGGCACUGCGAUCAGAUCGCCCAGGCCAGGCCAGCCAAGGAAAACUUAUUUUAUUUAAAUAAAUUUCGUUUAAUUGCCAGCAAAGAACACAAAUAACACUGGCCGUGUCUGUGCGUCUCUGUGUGUGUCACUUUAUUGUAAUUCCGAUUCGUCAACUGGGCACUCACCGAAACGGCCGAGUAAAUCGGCCCGUUGACUUGGUCAUCAAAACAGAGGAGCGAGCACUCGACAAUACCCGGAUACCUUGGAGGAGCAGGCAGCCAUCUAAAGAUGGAUCAGGCUGUCAUUAAAUCAAAUUAUGCCGUUUUCCCGGUCCCCAAUGACAACCCUCCCCGUAACGCGUAACGGGGCGUAUGAGUAAUAAGCCAACUGCUAUGAUAUACGUAUAAUACGUAUACGCCUCGUGGUGCAGACGCUCUUCAAGGCGGCCAAGAAGAGCAGACACGAAAAGUGUGUGUGACAAAACGCUCAAUAAAUAAACAAACCGAAAUGCAAACAAACAAAUUAUGAGAAACGAAAACAAAGAUGCCAAGUGGGCUGGGACAAGGCGAUUUGAAUUUGUUUACCUCUCCGACAUCCGACAUCUUGCACAUUCACUAAUUGCAUUUAACCCCUCCUCCCGUUGCAGCAGGUCCAUGUGAUCCAAACCCAGAUGAAUUAUGGAACAUGUAAAUAGCACUAAUGCCAGACAAACGCAGCAUCAUCAUUUUGAUCAGCAGCUGCAGCACAAUGACAGCCAACAGCAGUUCUGCCUGCGAUGGCACAACCAUCAGACCAGUCUGCUGAGCACCCUGCCCAUUCUGCUGGACCAAUCCCAUCUGACGGAUGUUACCAUUUCGGCCGAGGGACGCCAGCUGAAGGCCCAUCGCGUGGUUCUGAGUGCCUGCAGCAGCUUUUUUAUGGACAUCUUCCGGGCUCUGGAGGCCAGUAACCACCCAGUCAUCAUCAUACCCGGCGCCAGCUUCGGCGCCAUCGUCUCUCUGCUCACCUUCAUGUACUCCGGCGAGGUGAAUGUCUAUGAGGAGCAGAUUCCGAUGCUGCUCAGCCUGGCCGAGACACUGGGCAUCAAGGGACUGGCCGAUGUCCAGAACAACAAUCUACCAAAAACGGCGAGAAGUGGAGGUGGCUCCCUCAUGGAUACGGCGAACGAGAAGUCCUCUGAGUUUGAACGUCCCAGCACCCCCUCUCCCACGCCCACCCCCACCCUCACGCCCUCCCACACGCCCACUCCCAGCCAACCCCUCCCUCUGCCCCAGCUGCCCAGUGCCGCAUUGAACACCCCUCUCCUGGCCAACAAACUGGGAUCGGUGAGCUCCAGUGGAAUGGGCACCACGCCCCUGGAGAAUCUCUUCAAGUCGCUGCAGUUCUACCCGAGUCUGCUGCCCCAACCACUCAACUUCUCGCAGACGGCGCUCAACAAGACCACUGAGCUGUUGGCCAAGUACCAGCAGCAGUGCCAGCUCUACCAGAGCGGCAUGCAGGAGGAUCAGCUGGAGGCGGAUUGCUUUGGCUCCAAGAGGCUGAAGGGCGACAGUCCGCCGAAGGAGCUCAGGCGACUGGAGAAGAGCCUUGCAAAGAAUCCCAAAUUCUCAUCGACGACCAACAGCAGCAGCAGCAAGUCGCCGCAGGAGUGCUCCAUACCAAAUCCCAUUGUGGCCACUUCGCCAGUAACUCUCGCUCCACCGACCAUGGCCCACUUUUCGCCCCAGUUGCCGGUGGUCAAGUGCUCCUCGGCCAGUUACCCCAGCGCCCUCGGCCAAGGUCAACUCUACAGUAGCAAGCCACCACUCUACAGUGCAGCAGUCACGCCAACGGCCGCCCAGCAGGCGGCACAAAUGCACCACCACCCACAACCAGGACCAUCGCCCUACAUCUCGGCCGAGGAUCAUGCCAAGCUGCAGCUCCACAUCGAGCAGUACCAGCGGGAAGCGGCAGCAGCAGCAGCGGCAGCGGCAGCGGCCGCCGGCGGAAUGGCGCUGGUCAGCGCCAAGUCGGAGCCCAAUCUGCUCUCGCUGAGCGCCGACCGCGACAAGUCGCUGGCCACCGCACCCAUCAAGCCGCCGUCCAACUCGAAGCUCUAUGCCACCUGUUUCAUCUGCCACAAGCAGCUGAGCAACCAAUACAACCUGCGCGUCCACCUCGAAACCCAUCAGAAUGUGCGGUAUGCCUGCAAUGUCUGCUCCCAUGUGUCCCGCAGCAAGGAUGCCCUGCGCAAGCACGUUAGCUACCGACAUCCUGGGGCGCCAUCGCCAUGUGAAAACGAGGCUCGCCGGAAGAGGGUCUCAAAGCUGGCAGCGACCUCGGUGCCCACUUCUACACCCAUGUCCAUGACCGCCAGUCACACGGUAACCAGUGGCGAUGUGGGUCCAGCUCCAGCGACCACAAUUGGAUGUUCGGGUCAGGAGGCAAGGAAUCCGUACCUCUUCCUGCCCAAUCAAUUUCAGAUGGCGGCUGCUGCAGCAGCCGUAGCAGUGGCCGAAUCCUCGCCAGCUUCUGGCCAGCCAUCGCUGGACUUGGCCCAUGAGGCGCCACCUGGCAUUAAAAGUGAGCGGGAGCCUCCGGCGGCGAGCAAUGGAGAGGCGACAGGUGUGGAGACGUCGGCGACGACAACCAUCUGAGGAUAAUGUUUUUGAAUAUUUUUGAUUUGUUCAAUUCACCACACAAACACGCACACAGACACCAGGAGUACGCCCACCCAAGCACAUGCAUAUUGUUGGGCACUAAUGAGUGAGUGGAAGAAAGGACUGACGCCUGACCUCAACUGCAAUACCGAUCAAAAGUAGAGGAAUCUGCUUCAAUUUUAAAGUAUAUUCUAAGGUUUUAGGAAAAAAUUGAAUCAGCAAGCCUAAAUGAAACUCAAUUCAUUUUAAAACCACUUGCGAAACCAUCUUAAAUGUAAGCUUUGCUUUUUGAAACAAAAAAGGGUUUCUACAUCUACCCCAAUCGAGUCCACUAAGUUUGAUCGGAUUUUUUGACUAUGUCAGAGGGUCCAGCUUCCACCAACCACCCAUGAAGUGCCCAACAGGAAUAUGCCAACUUUUAGUCCCACCGAAACCAACGUCUUAGACCCGGCUGUGAUAAUUAGCGCAAUUCGUUUUUCGUCUUCUGCACACGAGCGCCUUUCUAGCUAUCUUAAUUUAUGUACUUACGUUUAGCACAAUUUACGUUUAUUUUUUUUUCUGAAACUUUAGCAACCUCCGAGGCUCUCAAACUGCAAGUUACAAACACAAUCCUUUCGCUUUCACGCUCUCUCACAAGCACACGUCCACACACAUUCUAGUAAUCUAAGCCAAGUUUUUAUAAAUAUUGUAAUUAUACACCUGAACACGCACACACACUUGCACACAAAAAGACAGGGUGAAGACCUACCAAAACCAAAAAACACAAUUUUCAACGGAAUAAAUGUUUAAGAAGCCAAUGAAA